AUGUCUGAUCAGUCCAAGCAGCCUGAGUCUUCUUCUACCAAUAACCCUUCCCAAGAAGGAGAGAACAAUACCUCGUCCCCUUCCUCCCCUCAACAAGAGAACCCUCCUACUGGUGAUCAGGAAGAACAAGAACAGAAGCCUGAGGAUAACACCGACAACAACACCAACAACGACACAGAAGACAAACCCAAGGAAGAGGACAAAGAAGAAGACCCUCAACCUAAACAAGAACCUCAAGAAGAAGAAGAACAAGACCCCCAACCCAAACAAGAAGAGAAAGAAGACACCAAACCCCCCAAACAAGAACCCCAAUCUUCCGACUCAGAACCAGAACCAGAAUCAGAACCAGAACCAGAACAACGCGCCCCCCAACCCACCAACAACCAAGACCGUAAACGUCGCUCCCGACCACCCCAGAAACUCCGCCAAAGAGACGAAUACUCCGACAUGGACAACAGCAACCAACAAGUAGACCGCCCCCGUCGCCAGCGCCGCCAGCGUCCCCAACAGCAACAACAAGGCCAGGACGGCGGACCAUUGGGCGGCCUCCCCGGCGUGGGCCAAGCCGGCGAUCUCGUCCAAAACACAGCAGGCAACGCACUGAACGGAGUAACAGGCAGUGCGGGCAAAGCCGUAGGCGGGAUCCUCGGCGGAGGCGGCGGCGGGGAUGAAAAGGAAGGCAAGGAUGAGCAGUUGAGGUUGAGACUUGAUCUCAAUUUGGAUAUUGAGGUGCAGUUGAAGGCUAAGAUUCAUGGUGAUCUUACCCUUGGGUUGUUUUCGUGA